AUGCAUACUAACAUGAACUGUCUCGAUGAACUUAAUACAAAUAACUGUUAUCGACCAACAUCAUCAAUACAACCGAUAUCCCCACCUGCUUAUCCAAUGCAAGGACCACCGCCACCUUAUGCAAUACCACCACCAUUGUAUCCACUAUCUUCAGUUAAUAUUAUAAAGACUUCAGAACCGUGUCAAAGUGUUCCAGUUCCUGACGAUUAUAUUCCUUAUGAAACACUUCAUAUUCGAGAUUAUAUGACUUGGUCAAUAGUCAAUGUAUUCUUAGGUUUUAUGUUAGGCUUGAUUACUCUGAUGUUAUCAUUACAAACGAAAAAACUAAAACAAGAAGGAGAUAUCAAGGGUGCCACAAGGAUGUCAAAAAUUACUCUUAUCUGCAACAUGUUAAUUACCACUGUGUUCUUUGGUUCCACAGCAUUUUUAUUCAUCUAUAUCUUUUAUGUUAUGUCAUUUCUGAACAACAUUGAUUAA